UUUCAGGUGAAGGUAAACAAAUGGAGUCGGUGUGUGGUGGAAACAUGAAGCAGAAUGUGACGGCUCGGUUCACACAGAAGGCGGAAAGAUGCCGGGAGCAAAGAGACGGUACAAUGUUCGGUUUCCUCCGAGUCGGAUCAAGAAGAUGAUGCAGAAGGACACGGAGGUGGGGAGGAUAGCGAUGGCAGUUCCUGUGAUUAUCUCUCGAGCUCUGGAAAUGUUCCUCAAGUCUCUACUGACUAAAAUCUACCUGAUCACUCAGUCCAAGUUCAGCGCCGUCGUGUCUGUUGCUCACAUGAAGCAGUGCAUCGACUCAGAGAAGCUGUUCGACUUCCUCAAAGACCUGGCGGAGCGAGCCACGUCUAUGGCAGCCCAGAAGGACACCAGAGGGCUGAGCAUGUGGCCGCUGUACAGUACCAAACGACCUGAAGUUCCUGUUAAAAAACCGUCUGAAGUCGCAGAAAAGAAGCCACGACGGAGUGUCGACUCACUGGACAACGACUCCAGCUCCGGAGUAUGUAUUUUAUCUGCAGCUGAACUCAGGUUCAGGUUCUGGCUCUGUUCUCUGAGGAGUUCCUGUUCCUGUUCCUGGUCUCACCACCGUCUGCAGAGCAGGUCUAUAUAUUCUGACACACUCAGGUUCUGUUCUGUGGCACAAACACAUCAGGAGGAGCUCCUGUUCCUCCUCUCACCGUCAGGAGGAGCUCCUGUUCCUCCUCUCACUGUCAGUAGAACAGCUCAGACACAGAGGAAGUUUUAAUGAUGCCGCUGUCACUGUCAGUCUGACCCUACAGCGCCCCCCCUGAGGCCGUAACCUUCAUCACUCUGCAGAGAACAAAUUAAGUUUUUCUGAUUCUCCUCUGAAAUAGUGACCGAGUACAUUUAAGUGUUUUUAUGACACUUAAUACUUGAACUCUGUCUCAGAGGAGAUUAUAAUAUUUAUUAAUCUGACACCUUCAGUUACUCUGCAGAUUAAUUAUAUAAAACAUAAUGAACAAUGGACAAAUACACUCAGCUGAAUACAGUCAUUUAAAACCAGCUGCAACAAUAAACUGGUCAACAUCAGAUAUUAUAAUCAGUAAUAUCACUGACAUCACUCUGAGACAAUCAGUCCUUUAUGAUGAUGCUUUUAAACCUCAGUGACUGUUUAACAGUGUGUCUACACCGUGUGGUACGACUGUGACCUCAGUGACUUUGUGUCAGCUGAGAUGAAGCAGACCAAACUAAACGUUUAUAAAAGAUGGAGAGAUGAACGUUCUCCUUGAGGAACCAUGAGUUAAUUAACCUGACCAGAGUCAGAGGACUUUAACACCGUGUGGUACGACUGUGACCUCAGUGACUGUUUAACGCAGGACUUUAUUUCCAGACUUGUGUUAAAUGGUUCGUUUCAAUCUUCAUUUAAACUUUGUUUCAGAUUCUGGUUUUCAGUGUUUAACUGCUGUUUUUUGUCUGUUUUCAGGAGUCGGAGCUGUUGGUGUGUUUCUGAGGGAGGAGCCAGAGGAGUCACUUCAUUUAUCUUUAUUUAAACUUUAACACAAGAACUGUGAGAAAAAAAAAAAGUUUAGUUUUUGUGUUUGGGGAUAGAAAACAUUAGUUAGAGAAUAUCUGACACAUUUAGCUGCUGAUGUAAAGUUUGGUUUUGUUUCUUUAGAUAAAUAUAAAUGAGGUAUUUUGAGUUGAAGCUCUUUAUUUUUGUUUGACGUAGAUGUUUUCUCUUUGGAGAAAAAGUACUUUGAUAAAGUCUAAUGAACUUUGAUAAUGAUGUGAAAUGUUUCAGACUUUUGAUUCUUUUCUUUAAACUUGAGUUAAAACAGGACGUUGUUCAGUGGUUGGUGAGAAGAAGAAGAAGACAACGUCUAAUUGAGAGCGUCUUCCUGCUGAACAGUGACGUCACAGUUUCUGAUUUUUAAAACUUUAACUGAAGGUUUUCCAGACGUUAUGAAUCAGACUGAAUGAAGUGUGCUGAGAUGAAGGAGCAGGUGCAGGUGCAGAGCAUACAGGGUCGCUUUAUUCCAAGAAACUAAUCUUUGUACAUGAUGAGGGGCUGAAAUGAUGAAUAAAUUAAACUUUGUGUGUUUUUACAUUUUGAAGCCAAAAUGAGCAAACGUGUCUUUUUGAAUCGCUACCUUAACUAGCUCGCUGCACCAGGAAGUGAUGACUGAGAAACAUUCUGUGGCAACGUCCCAGCUGAAGGUCAGAGCUGAAGGUCAGACUAACGACUCGAUGAGGAUCCAGUGGUCAGUUUGAAAUGAAACAUGCAACUUCACUACACUGACACUGACAGAGUUAAACAAGUAAAAAAUUCAUCACACACUGUUUUUUCUGUUUCAGUCGAAGGAACCAAACUUUUCUCUGAGCUCGUACAGUCGUUACUGAUUUACAGAAGAGGACGCCAAUUUUCUUCUUCUUUGUUUUCCGUCCAGAGUCCCAAUGGCACGCUCCGUUUCUUCACUCGCCUGAACCAGAGACUGACGGAAGGGCGGGGCUAGAUUUAAAUAUG